CCCGAAACCAUCUUAUCACCAAAUAACUUCUCUUCGAGGAUCACCCGACUUUCGAAUAACAAAACACCAAAAUGUCGGACGGAGAAGAGCCCACAUCCCCCAUCGCCCCUGCCGACGAGGUUGAGGUUUCUGCCGAUGCUGGCAGCGGCCAGAUGUCCGUCCUGGACGCCCUCAAGGGUGUUCUGCGCAUCUCCCUCAUCCACGACGGUCUUGCCCGUGGUCUCCGUGAGGCCGCCAAGGCUCUCGACCGCCGCGAGGCUCACAUGUGUGUCCUGAACGAGGGCUGCGAGGAGGAGGCUUACAAGAAGCUCGUUGUUGCUCUCUGCUCCGAGCACAAGAUCCCCCUCAUCAAGGUUCCCGAUGGAAAGAUGCUCGGCGAGUGGGUUGGUCUCUGCACUCUCGACCGUGACGGUAACGCCCGCAAGGUCGUUAACUGCUCUUGCGUCGUCGUCAAGGACUGGGGUGAAGAGUCCCAGGAGCGCUCUGUCCUCCUCAACUACUUCCAGACUGAGCAGUAG